AUGCGCGUGUUGGUGUUUGCGGUGGCGUCGUGCCUGCUGCUUGCUGCGGGCUCGAUGGCUGCCGAUUAUCAGCGGCACGAGUACACGACGGCUUAUCAGCCCAAGCACCAGGACUACACGACCAAGCACAUGGAGUACACCACGGCUUACGAGGCACCCAAGCAGGAGUACACCACGGCUUACGAGGCACCCAAGAAGGCUUACACGACCGCCUACAAGGCUUACACGACCAAGCACAUGGAGUACACCACCGCUUACGAGGCACCCAAGCAGGAGUACACGACCAAGCACCAGGAGUACACCACCGCUUACGAGGCACCCAAGCAGGAGUACACGACCAAGCACCAGGAGUACACCACCGCUUACGAGGCACCCAAGCAGGAGUACACCACCGCCUACGUCGCGCCCAAGCAGGAGUACACCACCAAGCACCAGGAGUACACCACGGCUUAUGAGGCACCCAAGAAGGCUUACACCACCGCCUACGUCGCACCAAAGCACCAGGAGUACACCACGGCUUACGAGGCACCCAAGCAGGAGUACACGACCAAGCACCAGGAGUACACCACGGCUUAUGAGGCACCCAAGAAGGCUUACACCACUGCCUACGUCGCGCCCAAGCACCAGGAGUACACGACCAAGCACCAGGAGUACACCACCGCUUACGAGGCGCCCAAGAAGGCUUACACGACGGCGUACGAGGCACCAAAGCACCAGGAGUACACCACCGCCUACGAGGCACCCAAGCAGGAGUACACCACGGCUUACGAGGCACCCAAGAAGGCUUACACCACCAAGCACAUGGAGUACACCACGGCUUAUGAGGCACCCAAGAAGGCUUACACGACCGCCUACGUCGCACCAAAGCACCAGGAGUACACGACGGCUUACGAGGCACCCAAGCAGGAGUACACCACCGCCUACGAGGCACCAAAGCACCAGGAGUACACGACGGCUUACGAGGCACCAAAGCACCAGGAGUACACCACGGCUUACGAGGCACCCAAGCACCAGGAGUACACCACUAAGCCCGCCUACCCACGCUACACCCAGCACCAGGAGUACACCACACGCCCCGUCUACACCACGCAGCCACCCGUCUACACCACGCAGCCACCCGUCUACACGACAGAGGCCGUGUACACCACACGCCCCGUGUACACCACCAAGCCUCCCGUGUACACGACCAAGCCACCCGUGUACACGACCAAGCACCAGGAGUACACGACGGCCUACGAGGCGCCCAAGAACGAGUACACGACGAAGAACGACUACGCCUACGCCGACAACAACUCUGGCGCCUCUGGUGCUGGGGAUGCCGCUGCAGGCCUCUCUGCGGGCGCCAUCGCCGGCAUUGUGGUUGGCGCGCUGCUGCUUGUCGGCGCUGUUGUUGGUGGCGUCUUCUUCGCCAAGCACCGCGCCAACGCCUCUUCCUCCUCGUCCUCCGCCGUCGAGUCCGUCUAAGCGGCUUUGCUGACGGAAUACCGCAUGUUUUCCGCCGGCAUAUGUGCCCACUGCACAGAAAGCAGUGAUGAUCGUGCGAUGCACGUUUCUGUUCCCACCUAACCCCGUCCUCCCUAACACUGUUUGCUGUUCCUGCGACUGUGGCCACUGUCUGUGCUUCUUGUUGUGGAAAUGCGCGCCACCUGCAAUUGGUUGAUUGUUGGAUGCUGAUCUUUUGCUCCUUUGCUUUCUGCUGUUUUGUUCCUGUUGUUCCUGCUGCCCUGCCCCGCACUGUAUCCAACUUUCCCCUCCCCCAACGGGUGCCUUGUUCUGUUGUUUCGCUGCUUCUUCUGUCCUAACGGUGAUGUGGUCGUGCAUUUGUGCUCCGUGUUGUGAUUGUGGCGACGGCAGGCUGUUUUGACCACCGCUUGCUCCUCCUAACAUUGCUCUCACACAAUACACCGAACAACCGA